UCCGUUCUAAUCUGCGGCAGUCGUCUUCUUCUUCCUGCAACAUCUGCGAUCGCUUGUGCAGAAAACGCUGGAGCCCACAUGGAGGGAACCACGAAACGUCCAUGGUCCGAUCUCCCGCCGGAGCUUCUCUCCAUAAUCGGCACUCGGCUCCACACUCGCAUGGACGUCCUCCGGUUCCGAAGCAUCUGCUCUUCGUUCCGCUCCUCGAUCACCCCACCUCGCCGCGACGCUUCGGGGUUCCCUUUCCAAAUCCUUCACUCGCAGAGGUCUGCCCUCUUCCUCAGCGAGAGCACAGUCUACGCCCUCGAAACAGUGGAUGAAGCGGCCUCCAGUCACGCGCGGUGGCUAGUGAAUCUCGAGGAGUCGGAGCUUGGGGACAUUCGGAUCCUCAGCCUCUUCUCGCGGCGGCGGAUCACGUCCCUGCCCCGCGAGCUCCCGCCGGUACUCGAUUGUCUCCAAUUCCGAAUCGUUGAAAUCUGUAGAGAAUACACGCUCGAAUAUGGAGGUAGAACUGGAGGAGGUAUGCAGAAAGUAGUGGUGCAUCCGGAUUGUGUAUGGACUGAUCAAGAUCAGUGUUUGGUUUAUUUUAUUGAUGUAGAAAGGCAAUUAUGUUGUUGGAAGUGUGGGGAUGAGAAUUGGAGUCAUUUAGGCCGGGGUUAUGACGACAUUGUAGUCUACCAAGGCAAAGUCUGCGCCGUCGAUCGGUUUGGGUCGGUUUGCUGGGUCGAUUCAUCUUUCACACUUCAAAGGUUCUCACCAUCAAUCGACGGCGGCUGCCGUUGCCGUCGCGGCCACACAAAGCGUUUGGUGGUGUCAAGUGGUGAUCUUUAUGUGGUGGACGAAUGCAUUAGACAUGGCGGGACGGGUCAUUUUAGAGCCUACAUAUUAGAUCAACAAUGUGGGAGAUGGGAGGAGGUGAGAAGCUUGGGCAAUUCGGCUUUCUUCCUCUGCAAAGGCCGGUCGUUUGCGGUCGCGCCGCGCGAGAUUGACGGGUUUGAAGGGGAUUGCAUCUACUACUUGAAGAACGCCUAUGACUAUUGUUCCUAUUUCUGGGAAGAAGUUAAGGUGUAUAGCUUGGCGGAUGGCAGCCACAAGGACGUGGAAUUUUCCGUUUUAUUUCGUUGUUGA